ACUUCCGGUCCAAGAGUUUGUAAACAAUGAAAGGAGAUAUGGAGUCGUCAAGAGGUCUUACCUAAAAACAUUGCUCUGUACAGGCCAUAAUAAAUGCAUAUUAUAUGUCAUGCAUGUUGUGCACACCGGUAAGCAUUAAACCAACCGGGACGUAUCGGUUUUCAAGGAUUCCCACUCUUUUAAACGUCUUUCGUGUGUGUGUGAAAAUCGGACCGCUGGCUAGCGACGCGUUUGUUUUUCUACAUACUAGAGUCUAGACAGACAUCAGACACAACGGGCUGCGGAAACGACGGUCCCUAAACACAACCGAAGACUGGCGAGUCUUUCAAAGGCCACCUAGACGUGAUUUUGGAGGGUUUGUCGUGUGGUGCAGGUUCUGCUCAAUGGGGAACUGUCUGUCUUCUCAAGGCGCUGAUGAUCUGUCCCUGCUCAACGAGUCCGAGGGGGCGAGUCUGCCAGGAGAGCCUCCGCCACCCUACCAGGAGCGGGCGCAGGUGCCAGUGUACCAUCCCACACCCAGUCAGACGCGGCUGGCCACUCAGCUGACGGAGGAGGAGCAGGUCCGUAUCGCUCAGCGCAUCGGCCUCAUCCAACACCUGCCCCGAGGGAUCUUUGACCCGGGAUCGGAGCCGUCCGACAAGAAGAUCAAAGAGUGUGUGAUCUGCAUGAUGGACUUCGAGUACGGCGACCCGAUCCGGUUCCUGCCCUGCAUGCACAUCUAUCACGUGGACUGCAUUGACGCCUGGCUCAUGCGCUCCUUCACUUGCCCUUCCUGUAUGGAGCCCGUCGACGCUGCGCUGCUGUCUUCUUACGAGACAAACUGAGAGUGCCUGCGGAAAAACCGAGAGACGUGCCAAUGAGUCUGCCAAGAGCCCCGAAACGUUUGGGACAGUAGAUUGAACAAAUGAAGGUGGUUUGACUCUGUGUGUGUGUGUGUGUGUGUGUGUGUGUGUGUUCAGAGACUGUAAAAAUGUCUAGUGUUAAACUUAAAAGGCCCUGGAAGGAUGUUUAAAACCUCUCACUUGCAUGUCAAAGCGCUUUUCGAAUACAUAUACAUGUAAUUGAUGUAAAAGUGAAGUUUAGCAAGGUGGAAAACCAUGGAAGCAUCUCUAAUGAAGAUAGAGUGUUUCAAAAGCCAAUUCGAAUGAGUAAAUUAGGGUUAAAUUAAUAAAUUAUAUACUUUUUUUUCUUUUCGUUCUAACCAAAUUCAUGAAAUGUGCAAUAUAUGCGAGAGGGACUCAUGUCCUUCUGAUUGGAUGUGGAACCCGCCCACCGCCAAAAUUCCGCCAAUGAGAUCAUCCCUUUCUGAAUUUGACAAGUCUAGAGGGCAGAGUUUCAUUUCUGCAGGCUGUGAAUGUGCCUUUUACGGCUCACAAUUAGAAUGCUGAGAAACCGAAUCUACAAGAAAACAUGUGCCAUGAUGAUAAUGUUGAAGCUCGUGAUGCACUAACUGGUGUUUGAGGUGGUAGUUUUACAUACUUUUUCUAUCAUUUUCUCGAUCACUACGGAUGGGUGCAUCCACAUCUAAAUAGCUUGAUAAAUGCGUCACGUUAUGUCAUUUCGUGUUUAAUCAUAAUGGGGUUGGUGAUGAGGUUGUUUAGUGGUAGUUUUGCCUCAUCAGCUGCUGUUUUCCAGGUUCUGGGAUGUAAGUUGCCUUUUUACACUGGUUUUGGAUCAUCUUUCCCCUAAAUGCUUGUUUUUGGUGUUACAUGUUGGAUCCUGUUUGUCCCCACUUAGCUUUGCCUUGCCUUGUCUGUUUGGAUAGAACCGUGGGCACCGUCUUCAGUAGUUUUCUUUC